CUAAACAAUUAGGUAAUUAAAUAAUAUUUUAUUGUUAACAUAUUAUAUACGCAUUUUUAUGCAACAAACAUCAUCAAUGUUGCAUGAUACAAAGAUGAUGAGUUUUGGAACACGGGAAACUUCGGUUCUUUUUACGUUGGACUGUUCUAACGAGAGGGAAAAAUGGCGAAAACCAAGAACACAGAGAAUAAGGGAAUGAGCGCUAUCAACGAGGUAGUGACUCGUGAAUAUACAGUGAACCUUCAUAAACGUUUGCAUGGUGUUGGAUUUAAAAAGCGUGCACCACGAGCAAUUAAGGAGAUCCGUAAAUUUGCUGAGAAACAAAUGGGUACCCCAGAUGUAAGGAUUGACACCCGUCUUAACAAGCAACUGUGGUCCAAGGGAAUUAGGAAUGUACCAUUCAGAGUUCGUGUACGCUUGAACAGAAGGAGAAACGACGAUGAAGACUCCCCCAACAAACUGUACACCCUCGUCACAUACAUACCAGUUGCUUCUUUCAAAGGUCUCCAAACAGAGAAUGUUGAUGCCAGUCAAGAUUGAAUUGUUUCUAAAUAAAAAAUAGUUUUCACCAC